AUGCAAUAGGAUAGAUUCUUCUUGGAACUAAAUUAAAAGGGAGAAAUUGAAGGUAGUCAUGAUAAGGCUAUCUAUGUAAACCAAAAUUAAAUAGUAAGAAUCUUUGUUCGCAAUCGUAAAUAAGGCUAUUAUCCAUAUGUGAUCAUGUAAAAAGGAUAUAAACAUGUACAUGAGAUGGAUAAUUAAACUUUGAAAUAAAUAUAACAAUAUCAUGAUGUAAAAGAGUUUAUUCUUGAUUCAUCUGGUGAUUGGAAAGUGGAUGUUGAAUUUGCAUUGACUGGGGCAGCUUAUUUGAGAUUGUGUUGGUUUUUUGCAUAAGAUAAACCUGUAGUAUUGGGAGUGGAGAAUCAUAUUAUAGUUUAGCCUAAUGAUGUGGAGAAACUCUAAGAAAUAACUAUAUAAACAUUACUACCAUAUUGUUUGGGUAAAUUUGAAGAUUAUGAAAAGUAAAUUCGUUCUCAAGUAGAUUUGGGUUAUGAAGCUUUUCAUUUUCCUCCUAUUUAAUAAUUGGGUCAAUCACCUAGUUUAUAUGCAAUAGCUGAUUAACAAAAAUUGAAUACUGAUAUUUUUGGGAAUCACACUUAUGAUGAUUUAAAACAACUUUUUGAUAAAUUUGAAAAUACUUACUUUUUUAUAGAUAUCUUAUUAAAUCAUACAGCUUUUGAUUCAAAUUGGUUAGUUCAACCAGAAUUUGAGAAUGCAACAUAUAAUGUUAGUAAUUCACCUCAUUUGGAAAUAGCAAUAAAAUUAGAUUGUGCUAUAGCAGAAUUUAGUAAUAAAUUAGGAUCAGGAUUAUUAACUCAAUAUCCAAAAAAUACUAUAUAUAAUGAGGAUGAUCUUAAUUAAAUAAUGGACAUUUUGGAACAUGAAUAUAUAAGAAAAUUGAAUAUUCAUGGAUAUUUUUAAUUUAAUAUAAAUUCAGUGAUAAAUGAAAUAAAAAAUAGAUGUAAUUAGAUAGUGUAAAUAAAGAGUGAGUAAUUAGAAGAGAAUCAUAAUAUAUUUAUAAAGAGUGCAAGUGAAAUAAUGCUAUAAUUGAUAGGAUAAGAGACAAUCUUAAAAGGGAAUAAAGAAAAUGGAGUAUCUUUAAAUUAUGAGGUGAUAGUUGAAUUCCUAAAGUAUUAUUUUAAAUUACAAUGGUAGUAAAGAUGAGAAUUACAAGAAGGUGUCUUUAGAAUAUAUUCAAGAGUUAUUACAAUAUUAUAAUCAUUAAUAUUGGAAUGAAGCUGAGUCCUACAUUAAAGAAGCUGUUAAAUCCACAAGAGGAUAAAUCAAAUGGUGGAAAUUGACAUAAAAGAAGCCUUUUGUGGAAGUAAAUGAAAAAGGAGAUUCAUUGGUUCCUAGAUAUUUCACUAAAUUAAGUAAUGGAAAAUAUGUGGCUAAUAAUGGAUGGAUAUAAGGUUUUGAUCCUUUGAAUAAUUUUGCAGAGAAUCAAGAGCAUCAUUAUUUAAGAAGGACAAUUGUUAUAUGGGGAGAUUUAGUGAAAUUAAGAUAUGGAUAGAAGAAAUAGGAUAGUCCUGCAUUGUGGAAAUACAUGAAGAAAUAUGUUUAAUAGAUGUCUAAGAUAUUUGCAGGAUUGAGAUUAGACAAUGCACAUUCAACUCCAAUGAUUGUAGGGUAAUUAAAUUUAAUAAUAAUUUAAUUAGAGAAUAUAUGAUGAGAUAGGCAAGGAAAGCAAAUCCAAAUAUCUUAGUAUUUGCUGAAUUAUUUACAGGAUCUUCAGAGAAAGACUCAAUAUUUACAAAAACUAUAGGAAUAAAUUGUUUGGUUAGGGAAACUAACAGAUCUCAUGAUGCUAGUCAUUUAAAUAGAGAUUUACAUUAUUAUAGUGGAGAUGGAAGAAUAUCAAUAGGAUCUUUACCAAAAUUAAAAGAAUAAUUUGAAUCCAUAAAUGAAACAUAUACUAUUUUACAACCGUAAUAUAGUUCUGCUUUGAUUUAUGAGUAAUCUCAUGAUAAUUAGUCAUUGCUGUCUACUCAUGAUUACAAACAUCAAUUACCAAUAGCUGCUUUAAUUACAUUUAGUAGUUGUAUGGGUGGAACUGUAAGAGGAUAUGAUUGUUUCUUGCCAGAUAAAUUAUCAGUUGUAGGUGAAAGAAGAAUAUAUAAUAUUAUUGAUCCCACUGAAUAGAUCAUUAUUGAAAAAUAAUCAGAAAUAGCCUUUAGAUAUGAUGGAUUACCAAAUUAAAUAGUUGAAGUAUUUGGAUCAUGGGAUAAUUGGAAAAUAGGUUUAGUUUUGAUUGCCUAUAAGAACAUUUAUACAUCAACACUUAUGUUGAAAGAAGGAUAAUAUGAAUACAAAUAUAAAGUAAAUUCUAAUUGGAUUGAUUAAAUUAAUAAGAAAUUAAUAGUUGAACCUAAUACAAAGAAAUUACAUUCAACUAUGGAAUUGAUUAGACUCAAAUUACAUUAGAUUAAAAAGGAACUUAAUUAAUAGUUUCCUUUCAUUUUCUGUUAACAUCAUGGUGAUACUAUUCAAACAAUUACUAGAGAAACUUAAGAUAAAUGUAGAUCUAAAGUAUUAAUCACUGUACCUUCUUUUGGAGUUCCAAAUCAAUUAAGUUCAAUUAAAUUACCAGGAUAAAUUGUCAAAGUAGAUGCUAUAUUCUAUCAUGAAGAUUUUAUACAACAUCCUGAAUAAAAUAAUCAAAUUAUUGAAGGAUCAUAAGUCAAAAUUAUAUAACAUUAAAAUAUACGUGAGUUUGCUGAAAUCUAAGAUAAUGAAUUAAAAUUCAUUAAAUUACCUUCUUCAUUUACUGCUAUUAUUGAAUGUCAAAUUACUCCUGAAUAACAAAAGAAUUUAUAAUCUCUAGAAAUCUAUUUAAAUGAUGCAUCCUAAUAAUCAUUAUUUAAUGCAUUAAAUUCAUCAUAAUUAAAUUACUUACUUUUUAUGUCUGAACCUGAAGAGAGAGAUAAAAAUAAUACAGGAUUAUAUUUUAUUCCAAAUUAUAGAUAACUUAUUUAUGCUGGAUUUGCUGGUCCUCGUUCUGCCACUAGAGAAGCAUAAACAAAUAAUAAUUUAGCACAUCCUAUUUGUGAAAAUUUAAGAAAUGGAAAUUGGUUAUUAGACUAUUUAAAUGAUAGGGUUUAACGUUAAUUUGGAUAAUUAGAAUUAUCUAAAUUAAUUAAUACAAUCACAUAAUAAAUUAAAAGUAUUCCACGUUAUCAUAUUCCUUCAUAUUUCUGUAAAUUUGUUGAUUAUAUUUACAAUUAUUCUAUGAUGUCUAUUGCAAAUCUAUAAACAUCAUAAUUUAAAAGAGAGUUAAAAUUAGCUUCAUAUUAAUUUAUUGCAGAAUUACCUUCUUCAAAAUAAAUGGCAGCUGGUUUACCACAUUUUACAACUGGUUGGGCUAGAUCAUGGGGUAGAGAUACCUUCAUAUCCUUUAAAGGAAUCUAUCUAGAAAAUGGAUUACUAGCUGAAGCAAGAGAUGCUUUACUCACUUUUGGUUCUUGUUUAAGACAUGGACUCAUACCUAAUUUAUUAGAUUCAUGUAAUAAUCCAAGAUAUAAUUGCAGAGAUGCUUGUUGGUGGUACAUAAAAGCAGUCAAAGAUUAUAUAUAAUAUGCUGGAAAAACUGAUAUCCUUAAUGAAGAAGUCUAUAUGGUAUUUUUGGAUGAUGAUAUAGAUAAACACUACUAAUUAAAAUCAUAAGGAAUUAAAAUUAAGAAAACUAUUGCAGAAAUUAUUCAAAAGAUUUUUUAGAGUCAUGCCUCUGGAAUUAAAUUUAGAGAAUGGAGAGCAGGAAAUUAAAUAGAUAAUUGUAUGUAAUCAGAAGGAUUUAAUAUAUAAUUAUGUUUAGAUGAAUAAACUGGUUUUAUAAUAGGUGGAAAUUGGUUAAAUUGUUUGACAUGGAUGGAUAAAAUGGGUUCAUCAGAUAUUAAUAGAGGAAUUCCUGCUACUAGUAGAGAUGGUGCACCUAUUGAAUUGACUGCUCUUCUUAAGGUUUGUUUAGAUUUUGUUAGUCAUACACAUCCCCAUUAUCCUUAUGAUAGUGUUAUUUGUCCAAAUGGUAAGAAAUUACUCUUUAAAGAAUGGUCUCAUUUCUUAAUUGUCAAUUUCGAAAAGUAUUAUUACAUUCCAAAAUAACAUGAUCCAAAUUAUUAAGAUUAUCAUAUAGUUGAAAAACAUGUUAGACAUCGACAAAUCUAUAAGGAUCUUGUUAAAUCUUCGAAGCCUAGAAACGAAUAUUAAUUAAGAUGCAAUGCUAGUAUUGCUAUAGGAUUAGCACCUGAACUAUUUCAUAAAGAAAAGGCAAUGUUCCAUUUAGCUGCUGUUGAAGCAUGUCUAUUAAGAGAAAAUUCGAUAGGUGUCAAGACUCUUGAUCCUGCUGCUUCAGAAUAUAUUCAUUUUUAUGAUAAUAGUGAUUAAUCUCAAAUCUUUAAUGUAUCUCAUGGAUUUUCUUAUCAUAAUGGACCAGAGUGGGUAUGGGUCUAUGGAUAUUUUAUAAAAGCUUUAUUAGCUAUUCAUGGCAAAGAACAUAUUAAUAGACAACUAUUUUAUUCUUAUUUAUCUAACCAUAAAAUUACUCUGCAUUAAAAUGAAUGGUAAUCUUAUAAAUAUUAUAAUUAGGUAUUCGUUACCAGAAAUGACCAAUGGAAAUGGAGAAUACAAUGUUUUCUCAUGUAGAGCUUAAGCAUGGUCAAUAGCAUGUAUUUUAGAAGCUAUUAAUGAAUAUGAAUGA